AUGAACAGACACGACCAUAGAUACAGUAUUUACAAUCCAAAACGAAAUGAGGCAAUGUGGAAAAGGGAAUUAUUCGUUAACAACGAAGGAAAGGACAUAAAAGAUUUUCAAAUCAAGGAUAUCUACGGACCAGAGAUAACGGAUAAAGAUGGAGCGCUUUUGGAUAAGCACGACAGUUUUUAUUUGAAUACGAAGAGCUUACUUGUUCUCUUCCAGAUAAUGGGUGUGAUGCCGAUUAUGAGAGUUCCAAAAAGUGCUCAAACAACAAGAAGAACAACCUAUAAUUGGAUAUCAAAAGCCACUCUGUGGGCUUACUUAGUCUGGGGUCUUGAAUGCAUUAUUGUUGUUAAAGUUGGACAAGAGCGUUUGGCUAACUUCCAGAUCGGCUCUAAUAAGCGUUUUGAUGAGGUUAUUUACAACAUCAUAUUUCUGAGUAUACUUAUACCGCACUUCCUUCUGCCUAUCGCUUCUUGGAGGCACGGCCCUCAAGUGGCAAUCUUUAAGAAUAUGUGGACCCACUAUCAGUUGAAAUACUUAAAGAUCACCGGAAAACCCAUAGUUUUUCCGAAUCUGUACAUCUUGACAUGGGGUUUGUGUAUAUUCUCAUGGGUUCUAAGCUUCGCCGUCGUGCUGUCUCAGCAUUAUUUACAAGACGACUUCGAACUAUGGCAUUCUUUUGCCUACUACCACAUCAUUGCGAUGUUGGAUGGAUUUUGUUCUCUUUGGUACAUUAACUGCAACGCGUUUGGCACGGCGUCCCGGGGCUUGGCAAUAAAUCUGCACAAGGCUCUAGAGGCGGAACACCCAGCGCUGAAGUUGGCUCAAUACCGCCACCUGUGGGUUGAUCUGUCGCAUAUGAUGCAGCAAUUGGGCCGCGCUUAUUCCAACAUGUACGGCAUUUACUGCAUGGUAAUAUUCUUCACAACAACAAUAUCAUUGUAUGGCGCCUUAUCGGAAAUCUUAGAGCACGGCCUAAGUUACAAGGAAAUGGGAUUGUUUGUCAUUGUCGCUUACUGCAUGACGUUACUCUUCAUAAUAUGUAAUGAGGCCUAUCACGCUUCGAGAAAGGUGGGUCACGAGUUUCAAGAUCGUCUCUUGAACGUGAAUCUGGGAGCGAUAGACCGAAGCACUCAACGUAAGUGGAAAUGUUUCUGGUGGCCAUAG